AUGGCCAAGCUAACCCCGACGGAGUACGAUGCCUUGUCACCGGACGAACGUAAAGCUCAUGAUACAGCUGAAGCGGAGCGAGAGAAAGAAGAACAAGCUCAGCUACCUUAUACCUGGAAACAAACUUUACAAGACGUAACUCUCAUUGUACCUGUACCUCAAGGAACAAAGGCUAGAGAAUUAACAGUCGAGAUUAAAAAGAAUAAACUAAAAGUAGGAUUGAAAGGAAAAGAAGCGAUAAUGGAAGGACAACUUUGUAAAGAUAUUAAAGAAGAUGAAUCUACUUGGACACUAGAUGAACAGAAAGAAGUCAAUGUUCAUUUAGAAAAAGUUAACCAGAUGACAUGGUGGGAGAACGUGUUGACUCAUCAUCCUAAGAUUGAUACUACUAAGAUUAACCCUGAGAAUAGUAAAUUAAGUGAAUUGGAUGGUGAAACAAGAGCAAUGGUAGAGAAAAUGAUGUUUGAUAAUCAACAGAAACAACUCGGAAAACCAACAUCAGAUGAACAGAAAAAGCUAGACAUGUUAGAGAAGUUCAAAGCAGCUCAUCCCGAGAUGGACUUUUCUAACGCAAAGAUGACAUGA